AAAACCAUGCACUCCAAGAUGUCAGAGAAGCGUGGAAGGCAAAAAGUUGUCCGGCCGCCGAUCUACAGAAUUGAAAAUGAGUACAAUCCGGAAGCGAUGCCUCAGUAUUUUCAGAUUUCAGUGAACGUUUUGGAAGGGAGAAAACUUGGUUGGGUCAACCGUCAUUCCGCAAACUCCUAUGUAAUCGUGUCAGUCGGCAAGACAAAACAAAGAACUAGUAUCAAGAGGAAUAAACAGGAACCUUGUUACAGAGAAAGAUUUGUAUUCGAGCUUUAUACGAGCAUUCGUGAUCUGCAGCAGUCGAGCUUGUGGCUCUCUGUAAUGGAGCCGAGGUGUUGUGCCCCACCGCGUUUGCUCGGUGAAGCUAGCAUUGAUCUUGAAGCCGUUUGGAUACAACCGCAACAUCAAGUUUUCCACAAAUGGGCACAACUUAAUUUGCCUAGCGAUCCUAAAGCAGGAUCUGUUGGCUUACUACAAGUGGAUGUGUCAAUAGUGUUAAGAGUAGAAACACAUAAUAUUAUUCCUUCAGGAGUCAGAGACUACAAGUCGAAAGAUAACCUUCUCCUGCCAUCUGGUUGCGAACUGCAAUGUGCCAAUUAUCUAAUAACUAUAUACAAAGCAUUUGGUCUACCUAAUGGCUCACUGUCACAAAGUGAUAAACGUUCGGCGAAACCACCCAGUACAUUUGUCAGGGUCUCAUUUUGCGGUCUUGUGGCUAAAACUGCAACACUUCAUCGCAGUGUUAAUCCCAUUUACUGUGAAAGAAUAUCAAUGGUAGAGAUGUUUCCAAACAUGAGUCAAUAUAUUCGUUUUGAAGUUUGCGCGGCUGAAGGAUGCUUUAAUCGAGUUUUAGCUUCCACACAUUUAAAGUUAGGAGAGAUAUCCCACGAUGGACAAAACGGUUACUUGCCAACAUUUGGCCCAUCGCUACUUCAUAUGUAUGGAACAUCAGUUAAGGGAACACUUGGACUGACUGAAGAGGACGGGCCCUAUCAUCGUGGUUCCCUUCUGGUUGCGCUCAACACGAUCGUACCCUUUUAUCAGAGGGCAUUCAGAAGUAUAACCUUGGAACCCGUAGCACCAAUAAGACCAGAACUUUUGUGGAUACUCGAAGAUUUUUGUAUAUUUUGCCCAAUUUUUGAAGUAUCGGUAUUAGAUCGGAGGAUAGCUGGCAAAUUUUGUGGCGUUGCAAUUACGAUGGGUGAAAUGCCUUGUGAAAGUAAGGCUGAUGCAGAAUUUAUCGAUUAUACAAAUGAAAUUCGAGCUCGUAAGAUGCAUUAUACCGGAUGUUUGGAAGUUUAUAAAAAUCAACCAGAUUAUGGAUACUUAGACUUCUCUAACGCGUUCCCUGUACUGCAACUCGCAAUAAGACUUCCAGACUUCAGAUUUAGGAUGUAUAGAAAUAAUAUGGUCCACUGGAUUGUCACAGACUUGAAUUCAGCGACAAGUGAAGUCAGACGUCGAUUGAAGAACUUGGAAUACUCUAACCCUAAUGAACUCAUGGAGGAACUGAACAAAGCCUUAGAUGACGCUUCAGGAAACAUAAUAAAGUUCCUAGACAUCGUACAAUAUUUCAACCCGGAUGGUUGCGGCAGUGAAGAUAAUUUGUUAAACUAUAGUACCGAGUUAGAUUUGAAACAAUUGGCUCUGCAGAAGGAGGAAAUUGAAAAGAUUCAACAGCAAUUGUCACGAAAGUUUAUAAGUAGAUCAAAACUGAGUGUCAUAACUUCUAACACCAACGGAGUUGAUGACAUUACUAAGAAGGCAAUUAAACAUGUUUUGAAGGAAAUGCACAAUUUGGCACAGAAUUUAAAGAAACUCAUUUAUGCGACUUAUGAAGGCUGGCCUGAUGUCAUUGUAUGGCUUCUUAAUGAAGGUUCGAGGGUGGCAUACACUAAAAUAUCUGCAGCUGAUAUCAUCCAUUCAGUAAUACCAGAGCAAAUUGGAAAGGAAUGUGGACGAAUUCAAAGCGUUUACAUGAAGCCUAUUAAAUGUUUAAAGCACGUGAACCCACUGGCUACAGGUUGCCACUGUAUUGCAGGAAAAGUAGAACUUCUUUUGUGGAUGGGGCUUUACCGACAAAGAUCCGUUUUCGAUUUUUACCUACCCAGCGGAUACAAUCUUAAAGUGAAGGAAUAUGAAAUGAGUCUAAAAAGUACUACCAUGAUGGUAGAGUGCCGGGCUUUCAUUUAUAAGGCGAAACUAAGCGGCGAUUGCAAUCGAAUUCAUUCCCUGCAAACUUUUGUAAGAAUAAAUUCAAUGGCAAGUGAAACAGAGACAAAGGUCAAAUGUAAAACACUAACGCCGGUAUGGAACCAGGUUCUCAAGAUUAACAAAAUGGUGUCCAUGACCCCGAAGAGGCUAGCUAUCAGCCCACCCAUUGUUUUGGUUGAAGUCAACAAUACAGACUUAUCGGGCAAAAGUGAUUUAAUUGGCCGUUUUCAAGUCCAGCCAAUGGUUAACGAAAACCAAAAUUAUGAAUCAGCACCUAAGCUGCAAUGGUACGAUUUGUACAAAGGGGUUGAAUGUACUGGACAGCUGCUUAUGUCCGUCCAGUUGUUACAGGUACCAGAAAGAGCACUCAAAACUACAGUAUACGAUUCAGAUGAGGAUUGCUAUGUCGCAUCUGCAUCCGUAUCUAAAGAAGUUAAUGAAGAUCUUGAAACUCUACCAAUGAACCUUCUACCAAAAUUUAUCACUUACAAGGUUGAUAUAUACUGGUGGGGUCUGCGCGACCUAAACGUAACGAAUAAGCCCAGCGUGAUCUUGGAGAUUGAAGAAGUGAGCAUCAAAUCAGAGGUCAUCACAAGCAAACAAUCAAACUGCAACUUUUCGGAUGGACGUACAUCUCAAAUAUUUGAAGCACCGCAGCAAGAAUCGUACAGGCCUUUGUUAAACAUAAAGUUAUUAGAUAGCACCACUUUUGGAAGAACUCUGUACGUCGGUACAAAAUUAGUGAAGAAUCCAACGAAGUACAUAGUGAAUUGGCUGCCUAAAGCUGAAAGAGACGCGUCUCUUAGACGUGCGUCGAUAGUCUCUUCAGAUUUUGUUCAAGUAAAUCAAAUGCUAUUCAUCAAGAAAAGUUCCCAACAACUCAAACGGAGCAUUAAUUACGGCAGUAACGACUCAAUAAGAAAUAGUCCAAUUAAACGUAAAGAAAAAUGUAAGAAAUGGCACAAAUUGUUUUGCCAUAGGGUGCCAGAUGAAGAGGAAUUCACGCUGCUACCUAUACUCAACCCAAAAAAACAUAUCGUUGCUACGACGUUGAGUGAUGAUGAUAACGAUUGGUGGUUGAAAUACUUGCGUUCUGAUAAUAUAUAUGAAUCGGAGCUUGAGAAUCAAGCGGAGUUUUCGAAGUUUCGAGAUUGGUGUUCGUCGAUAAAACUUUAUAAUGGAAAGAAAACAGGUAUCCUAGAGAAAGACGAACAACUCUACUGCGGGAUUUUAAAAGCUGGGAUCGCUCUCUACAGGUGGCCCCCAACUGCUAAUACUGUAGCGGUUACCGAUACCGGAGUUGACUUGAAUAAAGGCUUUUUUUAUGGUCACCCGUCUAACGAUCCGGCACACUUUUUAAUUAGAGUUUACUUAGUGGAGGGAUUUAAUUUGAAAACUAAAGAUGGCACUGGAAAAUCGGACCCUUACGUUAUACUAAGUUACGGCAAAAAACACUUGGGAGAUAGAUAUAGUUAUGUGGCUAACACCUAUAACCCUAUAUUUGGAAGGAUGUAUGAAUUCAGGUGCAAACUACCAGACGAAUACCUUCUGACAAUAUCGCUCUACAAUUACGAGGGAUCCCAACCAGAUGAACUGCUCGGCUGCACUAGCAUUGACUUGGAGGACAGAAUUUACUCCAAGCAUCGAGCACGAGUCGGUCUACCGUAUGAAUAUAGCUUAAUUGAAAAAUCGAAAUGGCGAGAUUGCGUUAAACCUUCCAUAAUACUCGAAGAGUUAUGUUUAGUAAACCAUUUUCCUGCGCCGUAUUUCUUCCCCGACAGUACAACUGUAAUGGUAAACGGAGUUGAAUAUAAAGACAUUGAACGAGAAAAAACCGUAUUUUCCGCAUCAGAACGCAAAGAGAACUUGUGCUUAAGUAUUCUACGUAAUUGGCACACUCUACCGAUAUGUGGCUAUCAUUUAGUUCCAGAACAUGUUGAAACGAGGUCGUUAUAUAAUCCGGAAAGCACUGAAACUGAUCACGGAAAACUUCACAUGUGGGUUGACAUAUUUCCUUUGGACACUGGAGCGUAUAUACCACCACCCAUUGACAUAACACCUAGAAAGGUGGAGGACUACGAACUAAGGCUAACAAUUUAUUCUGUUCGAGCUUUGCUUGCAGCUGAUUGUCCAACAAGGAAAAGCUCAGAUUUGUAUGUAAGAGCAUGUCUCGGAUCUACCGAUCAAGCCCAAAAGACUGAUGUACAUUACCAAAGUCGAGACGGUGAAAGUAAUUAUAACUGGAGAAUGAUUUUUAAUUUCCAAUAUCAACCUUCAGUGCGAAAGCUCGUUCGUAAAGAAAAAGGUAUAUUCACUGAGUACGAGGAGAAUAUUCCACCUAUACUAAUAAUUCAGCUAUUGGAUAAUGAAGCUACUUGUAUGGAUGAUUGCUUAGGUUCACUAAUGCUAAAUUUAAACGCAAUACCAAAAGGUGUGAAACAAUUCGACGACUGUACGUUAGACGUUUUGGAAAAUCCUAAGAAAAUCAACCUAUUUUCAGCUAGGUUUCUACGAUGUUGGUGGCCUUUAAGUAUUAUCGAUCAAGAUUCUGUUACAACUUUGUUAGCCGGUAAAAUCGACUUAGAAAUCACUUUGCUGCUGCAAGAAAAUGCGACCUUAAUUCCUGUUGGCGUAGGUAGAGAACCACCUUUUGCAUUACCUGAACCUAUGAGACACGAAGGUUCCUCAAACAAGAUUUGUUCUAAAUUGGUAAAUAUGUACUACCGAAUUCGAUCAAAGUUUGUUGGGCUGGUGGCAUUCGGUGCUUUUAUUUGGUUUGCUGUUAUUUUUGCUUUAUAUUUCCAAUUACCGUUUAAAAUGUCGUACUGGCUAAUAUAG